UACAGCAAAGUGUGACUAACAGCACGGGGAACAAGUCUGUGGACAGACAGCUGUUCUCCGAAGUGGGCAUGGACAAUUUCUUGGAUUCCCAGGAACUGAAAGUGCUAAUACCAGCAAUUCUGGGGAUAAUCUGUGUGCUGGGCUUUGCUGGGAAUAUCACAGCGAUGGGCGUUCUGCUCAACAACGCCCUCAAGGGCAAGCUGACCCUCAUCAACGCCCUGAUCCUGAACCUGACACUGGCGGACAGCCUGGUGCUGGUGUUCGUGGUGCCGUUCAAGACCGCCGCCCUGACCCGGGCCGGCUGGACGCUGGGCUGGUUCGUGUGCAAGACCUGCGACUGGUUCCUACAGUCCUGCAUGGCGGCCAAGAGCUUCACGGUGGCCAUCAUGGCCAAGUCCUGCUACAGGUACGUCAGGAACCCCAGCAAGCAGGUGAGCAUCGACCAGAAGGCCAUCCUCACCGUCCUGCUUUUCGUCUGGCUGCUGGCGUGCCUGGUCUCCGCCCCCCACGGGCUCUUUGCCGGCCUGCAGGGGCAAGGGGACGGGCUGGCGUGCGUCCAGGCCGUCCCCCCCUCCGCACGCGACGCCAUGGCGGUGUACGUCAAGGCGUCCCCGCUGGUGGCCUUCUGUGCACCGCUGGGCUUCGCCCUGCUGUACUUCUGGCGGGCGUACGGGCGGUGCCGGCGGCGGGGCAGCAAGACACAGAACCUGCGCACCCAGAUCCGCUCCCGGCGGCUCACCAUCAUGCUCUUCGGCCUGACCGUCGCCGCGGCGACCAUGUGGCUGCCGCAGUGGGUGGCGUGGGUAUGGUCGCAGCACGCGGCGGAGAGCGGGGGCCGGCUGCCGCCGCGGCUCUUCACCCUCUCCGCCCAGCUCCUCAUGUUCUCCAUCUCACUGGCGGACCCCGUCAUCGUCCUUGCCCUGUCCGAGGAGUUCCGCGACGGCUGUGCUGACCUGUGGCGGCACCUCACCUUCCGCAAGCGCCCGCCGCCCAAGAGCAAGCCCGGCCCGCACGCACCCACCGCCCCCAAGUCCCCCUGCCCCCGGCCCGAGACCUCCGCGCACCCGCCCCCGCGCGGGCCGGACGGGGGCCCUGCAGAGCAGCCCAAACCCGAGGAGGCCCCCGGACCCGGCCCCGCGGAGCCUGGCAGCCCAGCCAACAAGGACGGCAUGGUGCUGCCCGAUCUGGAGCAGUUCUGGCACGAACGCGAGACGGGCCCGCUGGCCGAUGAGAACGACCCCAUCCCAUGGGAGCACCAGGACCAGGCAGAGGUAAAGCCCUAACACGGCUCAGCUCGCGCCUAAACUCACGUCUUUAUCAGCCACCACGGAACAGGCAAGCACUUCCCUCUCUCUCUGUACCGACCCUGUCAGC